UCUAGAACAAAGUAUCUCACAUUAAUCAUGGUGAAAUACUCACAUUUCUCCGAGUCGGAAUUUACCACAUAUGUAUGUGGUAAAUCAUCUUUCUCCACUACUACUUCUCACACAACAACAGCAACAACUUUGAUUUUCUUUUGCUACAUUUUGUACGUUAGUUUUGUUUGGGUAAGAAUGGAGGGGGACGAGUCAUUUUCGGAUGACGACGGUUUCGUCACAACUCAGAAGAGGACGAUGCGGAGGGCGACACCGAAGAUGGUUGAGAAAAAGGCGAAAUUAGUGAAAGCCGGUCCAUCUACGGAUGCUGCUAAAUCUAAGCCUUCCACCGCAAAAACUGCUACCCCUGAUCCUACCAAACAUUUGGCCGUGGAGACUACGAGAGCCGCAAAUUGUGCCGAAGGGGAAUUAAAUCCCCGUGGAACGAAGGACAAGGAGAAGAGAAAGUCGGAAACCGCUACAAGUCUCGCCCGUGAAGACCGGACUUUCCAACCCGUACAUUGGUCCUACAUUUCUGAUGAGGAGGAGAUGGAAGUGGAGGAGAAAGAAAUGCGACCCAGGGAUGGGAGGGGGAUUAUUUAUAGAGAUGGGGAUUUGGCUGAAGAGUUCCAAAUAAGAUACGUGGCUUCAUCGGAUGUGAGAAGUGGCACAACGGUCAAAGAUGAGGGGGUCGAUAAAAUCAGAAAGACGAUUCUUCGGUUGGUUGGGCUAGCCCCGAUUGAAACCAACUCGCCUGACCACAAUGUUUUUGAAGCGUCCCCACAACUAGUUUUGACCCAGGAGGAACAAGGGUUGACCCCUGAACAGAGGGAGGUUCUCUUAUCAGGAGAUUUUCCGCAGAGGAGGUCGUGUUGGCGUAGAUGACAAACCGGACUGGUUUUUAAUUAUUCACAAAGCCCCCACCACCGGGCUAAUUCAUUUAUGUUUGGAGGCACCUGAUUCAAGUAGAGGAUAUGUUUUCUAUUCAGCUUUAAGGCUUUGUACGAAACCAAAUUGUUAUCAAUACAACCAAACUCUCUCAAGUGAUGUCCUCCCCAAAUGCAUUCAACAUCGAUUCAGUCGCAUUUAUACCAUGGUGAAAGUGACUGACUACAAUAGGAGGGACGUGUUGGUUCUUCUUCACAUGAAGCCAGCAAUAUCUGUAGCGCAAAAUGCAUCCAAGCAGGAGAAAGACGAACAGACUGAACUGUAUCUUCAAAACUUAAUUACCACCUACAAAGGGUGGAAAAGGUAUUGUGCCACGGAGGGUCUAUCAAUUCGACCAAUCCCCAAAUGUAUAUUAAUACACCACUUUUCCAACGAAGGCGAGGCUCUAAGGAUGCUGUCAUUUGAAUCGACCAUCGGUAUGUUUAUCAAACUGGUCUCCGGAUCUCAACCCAUCAUCAAUUUGGAUGAUUUGAUCCCCUUGUGUUACGGAAUGGAGAGUGAGAUUGAUGCACGACUUAAGGAGUUGGGUAUGGAGCUCAAGAUUCGUCGCCACUUAACACCGACGGAGAGGAAGAAGGUCAAGUACCCAUUUCCGGGAGAAUAUCUUCUUGAAACAGUAGGGGUAACACAACAGCAAGAGGAGAAAGGGAAGACCUUUUUGUAUACCAUCAUGAGUCGAGAUAUGUGGUAUUUCGGCUGGAGCAACACCCCCGAUUUCAAAAAGCGCUUGGACUCAGCAGGGGGGACUGAUGGUGCUAGGGAGUACAAACGCAUUACAGAUAAGAGACAGAAAGAUAGACAAUUGGAGAUCGAGGGACUGAAACAGAGAGAUAUAGAGUUAGAUAGAGCAGAGGAUUUAUGUAUCUAUCCACCCCCACUUAAGGCUCCUACCGUGACCCCCUACCUUGUCGCUAACUGUGAGGAUGAUGAUACGAAGAACAUCAAGACCAAGACCAUCGAAGCUAAGAUGAUAAUAGCUGGAUAUAUUGCAUAUUUGUUAGGAUUGCGUAAUCCUAUUCGUCCUAAUUCUGAUAUAGGUUACUCUGUUAAUAAAUGUGUAUCUAUUAGUUUAGUCGAUUCUACUUCAUGGGGCGAAAUUUGUGAAUUUGUGAAGUUAUUCUGGGGAUUUGAACCAAUGUUGGAAAAAUACGAAGGAAGUUAAAUUUUGCUAAUGUUAUACGCCAUUCAUAAAAUAAAUAAAUAAAAAUCAUACUUCCUCUCUGGGGGAGCGAUGAUCUUAAUCUUCA